AUGCGACCUUCAGUUUUAGAGGCUAAUUGGAUAAGAAAGCUUAAAAAGAUUCUAAAAACAGAAAUAAAAGAAGAAGCCAUCGAAGAAGACCAGCUAAGUAGGUACAGCAAAUUCUAGUAAAAUGAAGAGCUCAAGAGAUAAAGAUCGGAAAGCUAUUAAGAUUAUACAAGCUAAGAUAUGAACGAGAGCAGCUCUUUUGAUUUAAAAAACCUAUAGGAAGAAGCAGAAGAGCAUAGAAAUGCUUAUAUCAAAGUUGCGAAUGCAUUCGUAGAAUAAAAUUCAGAUGAUAGCGAUAACGAUAUAGCUAGAGCUAAUGAAACGGAUUAGUAAAGAAUUUAAAGAAAGGUAAUCAAGAAUCAUGAAAGAGAAUUUGAAGAAGAUUUCUAGCUUAACAAGCUGAACGAAGAUACUUAUCCUAUUUUAGAUGUUGUAGAAAUGAAUGUUUUUGAUAGAAUAGCUAUAUUUUAAGAUAAUACAAUAUUUGAGAAAAUUUAUAAAAGGGUUUGGCUAACAAAAGAGCUUAUUAGUUAUUCUUGUUUCGUUAUAGUAAAUCACCCAAUAUUUACUAUAAUUUCUCUUGCUGUUAUUAUAUUCAACUCCAUUAUGCUAGCUAAAGAUGACCCUACAACAAAUUCUGAUAAUAAUCCAGAAAUUGAUUUGGCCUUACUAAUUAUUUAUACUGUUGAAAUGGGUUUAAAAAUAGUAGCUUAUGGUUUUAUUUUUUCAAAAAACGCAUAUAUAAAGGAAGGCUGGAAUGUUAUUGAUUUAGUUAUUAUUGUUACAGGUUGGUUACCAUAUGUAGUGUCUUAAAACGCUUUUAAUUUGAGUGCAUUAAGAUCUCUUAGAGUAUUACGUCCAUUAAGAUCAAUUAGCAAAGUCAAAGUACUCAAUUAGCUUGUCACAGCACUAUUUAGCUCAAUUCCUCUUUUGAAAGAUGCAUUUAUUAUCUUAUUAUUUUUUUUUACUGUGUUUGCUAUUGCUGGUCUUUAGCUCUUUACUGGUUAAUUGAAAACUCGUUGUAUCGAUAUUUACACAGGUAUCAAGUAUGGUGAUGAAAAUAAUAAUUUGUUUGUUUGUGCAGUAGAUAGCGAUUGUCCUCCUUUAAAAGGUGCAAGUUUCAUAUGUGCUAAGGGUAUGGUUAGUCCAAAUUCAGAUUUUUAUAACUUUGAUACUUUUGGAUGGUCACUUCUUAAUGUCUACGUAGUUGUUAGUAAUGAAGGAUGGUCAACAAUCAUGUAUUAUGUUAUGGUUGGCUUUAAUUUUUUUGCAUUCAUCUACUUCUUCCUGAUAGUUUAUCUUGGUACAUGGCUUCUUGUUAACCUUUGUAUGGGUAUUAUUGCUGUCAAGUAUACAGAAUCUAUAGCUAAUUAGAACACAAUGGUAGCCAUUAAAAAAGAUGGAGAAGAAGGCUAUAAUAUGUAGAAUUUAAUAAGAUGGGGUAUUUAUAAAUCAAAUAAAGUGCUUUACAAAGAAUUAGAGGAGUAAAAAAAGAAAAAUAGGAGGUUAUUUUAACUGAGCUUUUAAGUAAGCUCAUUGUUAGCGUCUUAUAGGAGGUCAGAAAAAAAGAAUCCCACUAAAUUAAAUUAACCAAAAGCUAUUGAAUAGAAGCAGUUAAAUAAAGUAGUUCCUCUAGCUUUGAAUUAGCAGAGUUAAGAUUUGUUUAUUAAUUCUGAAAACAACGAAGACUCUAAAAACCCAAUAAUAAAGUAAUAGUAGAUGGAUCGCAUAAAUAGCGCAGAUAAUAAUGGAAAAAAUGGAAGCUCAUAAAGUAAAAAUUAAGGGAAUAGCGAAGAUUAAAACUUACAAUAAGACAAAAAUGAAAACAUGAGGCAAUUAACUAAUUUAGUUAUAGAAAAUGGAGACUAGUAGCAAAUACAUAAAAAUUAUAAGAAUCUACAUGAAAACAAUAACAAAAAUCACCAUAACACAAAAAUUUUGAAAGAAGCUGCUCCUUUAGAAAGCAAAAAGCAUUUAACUAGGAAUUUUAGAAAUGAAAAAAAGGGUACUUAACUUAUUGAUCCAUCUGUUUUAGCAAGCGAUCUUGAGAUGAUAAAUUAAGAAAAUAACAUUGGGAAAAAAAGAACUAAAAAAACUGGAACAUAUGUUAGAGGAUUAAGGAAUGGAACUCAUCAAAAUCAGACGAAUAUGAAUCCUUAAUAAAAAAUAAAAAAGAUAAAUUUUGCUCCAAUUUCUAAGUAAAAACCUAAAUAUAAAGAAGAAAAAAUCAAUGAUGACCCUACUCCAAGAGAAGAUUAGAAUUACCUUGCAGUAGAAUAAGAUAAUGAUGAAGAAAAUAGGAGAAAAUCAAGAAAUGUCCCAUCAUAAAUUGUUGAUAUUAGGAGACAGUCUAAGAAAAUAAAGCAUUUAUUCAAAUAGAAAGAUGAAGUGAGUGAGGAUUAGCUAAAGUUAGAUGAUGAUAUUUUCUUACUUUAGUUGGAAUAAAAAGAAAAGUUUACAAAAAAUGACCUUAUAGGUAUAGAAGAUGAAGAAAUAGAAAAUAUUCAUUUUAAAAAACUUUAGAAUGAUUUUAAAUCUCUGAGAUAAAAUAAAUAAAUUGAGCAGAGAUCUGCUUCAUCUAAAAAGAAUUCACAUUAGACAAACUUUUAAAACCAUUCAGAAGAACCAAAAUAAGUUCAUUAAAAAAGCAAAAGAAACACAUCUGUAAGCUUAUAAAAAAAGAGAGAAAAUAUGUUAAAUGGAGAGAGAAAAAAAGACAAAUCAAAGUCUUCAAGAAACUAACUUUAGGAGACUGAGAGCAGUGCUGAUUCCUUAUCUGAUGUUUCGAAAAUGUCCUUUUUGGAAAUGGAUGACACUCUUAUUGAUAAAACCCCAAGGAACAAAACAACUGUGAUCAAUAAUUUGUAUUAAGAGUUUGAUAUUAAAAUUGGAAAAACUAGCAAAAAGCUUUAAGAGAAAAAAGCGACAAAAUUACUUACUCAAAAAUAAAUAACUCCUUCAAUUAAGCAUCUUAAAACUUAUAACACUCAAGAAUAAGAAAAUUUUGAAGCCCCUAAAAUAGAAGAGCAAAUUCUUAAAAAAAUAAAUAAAUAAAUUGACUUAAAGGCUGAAGACUUUAAGCUAAUGCUAGACUCAAAGUAUUUGAAACCUAGAGUUGUUUAUAGAUAGACAAAUGAGUAUGAGGGAGAUGUAUAGCCCACAAAACUAAACAAAUAAAUACAAAAACUGAAAAAUUAAUAAGAGGAAAAAAUAAAAAGGCUAAAAUUUAGAGUCAAAUAACAGUCAAGCAUGAUCGUACAAAAAGAUAAGAAAAAGAAACUCUAAGUACAAUAUAAAAUGCCUAUAUAAAGAUCGAAAAGAAUCGAUACCAUGUAUGCUGAGAAAAUGUUUAGGGAUAUUCUCGAAGGAAAAAUUACAACUGAAAAUCAUUCUAUUAAAUAAUCUAAAGUAGCAGACCCAAAAAAUGAUGGAAUCAGUUUUGAGACAAAUCCCUUCAAAAUAGCAAAAAAUAUCGCAUAAAGAAGUUAAAAAGGCGGAACUUCUGUUAAAAAUGAUGAUGAAAAAAAUGAUAUGAAUUUUUUAACAUAAUAGAGACAGUUUUCAACAAACUAAAAUAAUUUAUUUUUAAAACAAAUCACAAAUAAAUAAAGAGUAAAUGAUGUUAAUUCUUAGGUUAAUAAUGAAGAUUCAAGUAGACAAUAAGAUGCAAAUAGUUAUGUAAAUGGAGAACAUGCAGAAAAUAACUUAAAUGGAUAAUAGGAAAAUUCAAGACUUAACAAUGAUUCAGCAGCAGCUUAGUCUAAUUAAGCUAAAAGUGUUAAUGGAGAAUAUGAAUAAAAAGGUUUAGUUCUAAAAAGAACUUUUAAGGAUGAAGUUGAUUAGAUGGAUAAUAAAUCUUAAAAAAAUAGCUUAAAUGGUUCAAUUGCCUAGGGAUCUGUAGACGAAAGACAAAACCCUAACAACAAAAGUCUAAAUCAAGCCAAUACUUCGUUUCGUUCAAAACUUACUAAUAAAUAGACUGAAAGAAAGAUUAAUGUGAGUGGAAAUAUUUAAGUCUCUAAAAAGGGUAAAAAUUAAAAAGGAGACGAAAUAGAAAAUGAUUGGAAUCUUGAAAAAGCUAUAUAAAAAAUUUUUAUGGAGGAAUAAGUGCUGGAAAAAGAUCCUCUAUUGGAUGAAAAACCUAAUGGUGAUCAAAAGUUGUAAAAAAUAGUUAAUAUCCAAACAGCUUAAGUUGAUGUUCCAGCCAAGAAUAUUCAAUAAAAAUCCUAACAUGAUAUUUUUAUGUAUUAGUUGGAGCAAAAGUUUAUUAAAAAGGCAGAAAGGCAAUUAGAUAUCUUGAAUAAUCAUGAACCAAGUUAAUCUCAAACAGACAUUAAAAGUGUUAAGUCAGCAGAUACAGGCAUUCAUUCUUUUAGUUAAGGAGCCUAAUCAGAAUUAAAUAAUAGUUCAUCGAGUAGCUAACUCAGUUCUUCAACUAGAAACGUUCUUGUUAAGAAGACUGUCGAAGUCUUUGACAUGGUUGCAUUUUAAAAUGAACCUGUUGAUUUAUAGUUUUUGCAACAAAGAAAGAAGGAGAUAUACAACCUUGAGAAAAAAGGAAUCAAUUAAAUUAAAGUUCAAACUUCUGCGGAUGAUAUCCUUUGGAUAAGUUUAAGGAACAAAAACUAAAAAGCUUUAAAUCAAGUUAUUGACUCACUUAAUUACUCAAGUAGAAUCAUAGAAUAAAAUGAAGGAGGAUUUGUAGGUCUUGUUCAGGCAUUUAGAAGGAGAAUAAGAAAAUUGGUUACACAUUAGUAAUUUGAGAAUUUAGUCAUGCUUUUUGUCUUAUCAAAUACUAUUAUCCUUUGUUUGGAUGGUAUUGUGCCAAGUUCAAGUUCAGCGACACUCACUCAAUUAAAUUAUAUUUUUACUAUUAUAUUCGCAGUUGAUAUGGGCUUAAAGCUUAUUGGAUUAGGUUUUACUGAGUAUGUAUCAGAUAAGAUGAAUAUUUUUGAUGCUAUAAUUGUAAUUUUAUCCAUUUUAGAGCUUGCAGUUCUAAGUGGAAGUUCUUCUGUUAGUGCUUUUCGUUCAUUAAGAAUUUUAAGAGUGUUUAGAGUUUUAAGAGUUACAAGAUUGCUAAGAUCUUUGUAAUUUAUGAAAGUUUUAAUUGCUGCGAUAUCGUCUACUUUGGAAUAAUUUAUAUACAUCCUACUUUUACUUUUUUUAAUCAUGUUUAUAUAUGCACUUUUAGGUAUGAAUAUUUUUGGUGGAAAUUGGCCUACAUUCAAUUCAAAUAUCCCUUCAAGAUUCAAUUACGAUUAAUUCUUAAAUGCAUAUAUGGCUGUACUUGAUCUAGUUACUCUUGAAAAUUGGAAUGAUCAGCUCACCACAUGUUUACUUUCGAAUGUUAGCAACUAUGUCUGUUCAGCUUAUCUGGUAUCAAUGAUUUUUAUUGGUAACUAUAUAUUAAUCGAUUUAGUACUUGCUAUUAUGCUUGAUUCAUUUGAAUCUGAUGAAGUAUAAAAAGAUAGAUAGGAAAUUGAAAAUAGAUUUGAAAUAGUUCAAGAUAUUACUUUUGGACAUACUAGUAUGGGUUCAACAUUUAUGAAUAAUUUAUCUUAAAGUAAUUAUGCAUCAUCUAAUAAUAUGAAUAGAAUUUCUACAGGAUUACAAAACAGUAGUUUACAUAAUAGUGGUGGAAUACAAAGAUCAGCUACUUUAUCAAAGCAGGCAAUUUUAAAAACUAGCUCUUAAAAUGAUUCUGGAUAGUUUGAAAAAUAAAAGUCGGUUAAUGGUGAUGAUGAUAGUGUAAGUGAGAAAGGAGGAAUAGCUUCUGAGUAAAACUUAUAAGACACAGGUCCUAAAAAAAAGAAUUAAUUUUAAUAUUAUGAAGGAGUUGAGUGUGAAUAGUCACUCUAUAUAUUUUCAAAAGAUAAUAUCAUAAGAAAAACACUUUACUAUGUUUAUAAGAAUCCUUUAUUUGAUAAAGUAGUCUUACUCGUUAUUAUCUUGACAUCCUUCAAGUUAACAUUUGAUACUUACAUUGGUUCUGCUGAUGUGGGUGCAACCAAAUUUAGCAAUAAUGCAGAUUUAUUUUUUACUAUAUUUUUCAUAUGUGAAUGUGUAGUUAAGGUUGUUUCUUUAGGCUUUUUCUUGGAUGAAGGUUCUUAUUUAAGAGAUUCUUGGUCUUAGUUAGAUUUCUUUAUAGUAAUUAGCAGCAUUAUUGAUUUAAGUUUAUCAUAGAUUGAUCUUGGUGCUAUAAAAAUUUUGAGAUUACUCAGAACGUUACGUCCUCUCAGACUCUUAUCGCAAAAUAAAUCGAUGAAAUUGAUAGUAACGGCUCUAUUAUAGUCUAUGGAAGGUAUAGCAAACAUGAUAUUUGUAGUACUACUUAUUUGGCUAAUGUUUGCAAUUCUUGCUAUGAAUUUGAUGGGUGGAAAGCUCUUUUACUGCAAUACAACAGGGGCAGUAUUACAAAGCUCAUAUAACGUUUAUUAGUAUCCUUAUGAAAAGUGUAUGAAAUUACCUGGAGCCUUUUGGGACAGAUAUCCUAAUAAUAAUGAUAAUAUAGGAUUUAGUAUGGUUAUGUUGUUUGAACUUUCUACAUUUGAAGGUUGGCCCAACUAUUUCUGGUAUUAUAUGGAUGGUAGUGAUACUGGUCCUGUUUGGAAUAAUAGCAAAUAUUUUAGCUUAUUCUUUGCUGCUUUUAUUUUUGUAGGAAGUUUCUUCUCAAUUAACUUAUUCACAGCUAUUAUAUCAUUUAACUUUGAUAUUGCUAGUAAAAAAGCUAAAAAUGCUUAUUUAACAGAUGAGUAAUCAUAAUGGAUUGAACUUUAAAGGCUUAUUGUUAGAUCAACUCCAGAUUUUACCUCUAUGAAGCCACCUUCUAAUUUUUUCAGAAAAUUUUUAUGGAGAAUAGUAGAAUCUUAAAAGCUAGAAAUAUUUAUUAUAAGUUGUAUUAUAGGAAACGUUAUAGUUAUGGCUAUGACAUAUGAUACAUCUCCUUAAUCAUUCGACUAGAUUUUAUCUAAUAUAAACUUAGCAUUCACAAGUGUAUUUAUUGCAGAAAGUAUUUGUAAAAUAAUAGCUUAUGGUCCACAAGGAUACUUCUAUAAAGGUUGGAAUUAAUUUGACUUUUUCGUCGUAUGUGCAUCUAUUGUUGAUAUAGUUAUGACAUUUUUAGGUAAAUCUGUCAUUGGUUUCUUAAGAGCUGGACCAUAAAUUAUAAGAAUUUUAAGAGUAUUAAGAGUUUCCAGGCUUUUCAAAUUAAUGAAAUCGUUCCAAGGACUAAUGAAGCUAAUUCAAACUACAAUAUUUGCCUUCCCUAAAUUCCUGAAUGCAACUUUACUUUUUGUUCUAUUUUAUUUCAUAUUUUCUAUUUUGGCAUGGUAUUUAUUCUCAGACCUACGUUCUGGAUGGAGAAUUAAUACUUUUUGGAAUUUUUCUAAUUUCCACAGAGCUUUCAUACUCCUAUUUAGAAUGAGCACAGGAGAAGAUUGGUAUUUAGUUAUGUAUGAUACAUUUAAUGCCAAGGGAGUGUAUGGCAUCUUGUUCUUCGUUACAUUCUACACAGUUUAGUCAUAUAUCCUCAUGAAUUUGUUUGUCUUAAUUAUUAUGAAUGAAUUUGAAGAAAAUUACAUUAAUCCAGAUAAUCCAUUAAACAAUUUUAAUGAGUAAGAAGAUGACUUCAAAAAAAGAUGGGUAAUUAUGACUAUCAAAGACAGCGGAAUUAAAAUUCAUGAAAAAAAUAUUCCUGAUUUUUAUUUCGAACUUUAAGAGCCUUUAGGUUUUGAUUAUAAAAGAAAAUCAAAUGAGUUUGUAGAAAAACUCAAAAUGCAUGACACUGAAAUUACCCAAGAUGAAAUUAAUUUGAAAUUAGAUAAAUAUAAAAUCAGAUAAAAAUAAGAAGCAGAUAAAAAUGUUAUGAGAAUGAAUAUCUUUUGUGAUUAUGAAGGUUAUGUUUAUUAUAAUGAGUUACUCUACCAAUUUAUGAAGUUUUCACUUUAUGAAUAAGUAUAUGAACUUUCAAUAGAAGAUUAAAAUGAUCCUAAGUUGGUAAAAAAACAUAAUACAGCUUUAGAUAUUAUGAGGAAAGAGGAGAAAGUUUCUAUGAAAAAGAUAUAAAUUAUUAAGAAAAAAUAAUCUAGUUUACUCAAAUCAAAAAUAGUCCAUUAGCGUCAGUAAGGAGUAAAUCCUAUGGUAAGAAGGCUAUUUGUUGGAAUGGCAUUCAAAAGUUGGUUGCAGUAUAGCAUAAAAAUGUAAGAUAACAUGAAUCAAAUAAAUUUCAACAGAGAGGACAUAUCUAGUCAAACAGAUACAGAUAACAGCUAAGAUGAAGAUUUGGAAAACGAAGAAGAAGAAAACUUGUUCUUAAAUUAAUCUUUUGAAGAUGGAAUAUAGUUUAAAAAGUAAAAACCUAAGAUUAUCAAGCGGGAACAUACAGUAGCAUUGAGAAUAGAUGGCUUAAGAAAGUAUCGGGAAGAAUAAAAUACUGGAAAACAAAUCUAUCAAGGAAAGAAGUACUUCUACAUACCAGAUACAAAUAUAUAUCAGAUAGAUAACUAUGAUGAAUAUAACAACUAAGAUUAUAAUUCUCAUACAUUUUAAGUUGAAUAAAAGUAAGAUUUAUAGGUCGAAAAUAAUUAGCUAUAUAGAAAAAGCAUUUUUGACAGACCUUCGUUACGUAUGGCAAAUCCUCUAUAAUUUAGAUAAAGCAUAGCAAGUCUAUAGUAAGAUGAUAGUAACGAAAAGAAUGGUUCUUAAUAAAAUUUGACUCCAGGCUAUCAUUCUAAAGAAAAAUAAAAAUGA